GCGGCCGCUGGGUUGCUCGGGGCGGCGGCCGCGGCCGCGGCGAAGCUGGCGCUGGGGCCGGGCGGGGAGGCGGCCGGCGGCCCGCUGCCAGUUCUGCUUCGUGUCAGCUGUGUUGGCUUGGUGUUUGCGUGCAAUGCAGUGAUGUGGACAGUCUUUGCAAAAGCCUUGCGACUCUCUUCCUCCUCGGCUGCUGCUUCUGUGACAACAACAGCCUCCAACUUCAUCUCUUCGGCAGUCCUGGGCAAACUGCUCUUCGGGGAGACAUGGUCGCCUCUGUGGUGGGUCGGCCUCUCCACUACACUCUGCGGGCUCAUGCUGCUGCACACAGCUGCGCCCCAGCUGGUGCAGGUCCCAGCGGAGAAGAAGGAGUGAGAGCUGCUGGAGGGGGCAUGGUGCUGUGCUGCCCCUCUUCAGCCUGUCUCAUGAUGGCGUCCCCAGUCCCCACCGACCUUUGAACACGUCGACCUGCUAACCCCUGCUCACUUGCUGACCUGCUGACUUGCAAAGUCACCUUGAUUGCAUCUUUACUGGCAGGUUGGCAGUGUUGUGGUGGCAGUGACAGCCUCGGAGGGAGCCGAUCCACUCUGAGUCAGUAUUGUGAAAAUCAGGGCCGGAGGCUUAUCAGCUGCUCCUCCUCUUCACACCCUGCGGCUGUGGAGCUUUCCCAGUUCAGGGAAGGCUGAAAGUAAACAUGGUGGCUGUGGAAGGUGCCUGUGCAUUAGUUAUUUUCCAUGAAAGGAUCUAUCCCAAAAUAGAAUCACAAUCAGAAGUAGAUGCUGAAGGCAGCUGAUAUUUCUGUUCUGCUGUUCCUGACUUUCCUGUCUGUUGAAAUGGCUCCAUGCCUGCUGCUGCCUAUAAUGCUGUGGAGCCUUUCAGUAAUUCCUUCAGCUUCCUCUAUCAUUCACAUACACCUUUUAACUUGCAAUUUGUAUCUGACACCUUUAAUAUUCACUUACCCAUUCCUGACAUCUUACUCAUUGUAAGGUUGCUGCUCUUUCCUUUAAACCCUUAACCAGGAUGGGGUUUUGCUCACCAUUCCUACUGUGUGUAGGUCAAACAGUAAUUUUGGUACAAUACAACAGGCAGCAUGUGAAGAAUCAACUGCUUUCACUGGGACUGUCCAUGUUCAACACAUCCCCCAUCCCACUGAAGUUGACAAUUCUUUAAUGUUUGGUAAAAUUAAUUUUCUCAAGCAGUGGUUUUUUUACACCUCUGGAUGAUGCUGAUUCCCAUUCAUGCAGUGUGAUCAACUACAUGACUGGUAUCCAGAUAUCUGCUAGAUUUUGCAUCAGUGAUUACUCCAUAUUCAGGUGUCAAAAUGGUGAAUGUGUCAUGAAUCAUCAUUUGUAAGAUAUCGGCCCACAUUUUUUUUUUCUUGGAAAUUUUCUGUAGUUGGAAUCCUAAUUGAGAAAUAUAAUGAUGCCUGUAAAUGUAUGCAUCAUUCAUACAUUUCAGGCAUAUCACUUGUUUCCUCUGAGCUUGCUAGGUUGUCUCUGUCUUCUUGUAACCACAGAAAGUGAGUCAUAGUUGUGGCAUGUGCAGAAAACCUAAGGACACAUUUCUGUGAGCCUCCAUAUCAGAACCUGUCAGGUCUAUCAUGACUGGCAGAUAUGCCGUGUCAAGCAGGAGCAUAAAAUAGACUUGUGGAUGGAAAUGCCAUUGGAGUUGGGUUCAUGCCUUUUUCAUCUUUGUAUCAGAAAGAAGGAAAGUCCCCAGAAGAGGUCAAGAGCUGUUUGCUCCAAGCCCCCUGCUUCAGGAGACCAUCCUAGCUCACCACAUGUGGCAGCCAUGUCCCAGGAGGGGCAAUGCCUUUGCCUUUUACACUUGUGUGCUCCUAAGUCUUGUCCUCAAAGAGGAGAGAGGCAUAUGUGGUGGGGGAGAGGGCAAAGUGCUCUGAGUACCUUUCCUUCUUACCAACAUGGGUCUUCACCCUUGAGAAGCACAGCUCUUUGGGUAGCAGCUGUGAUAGAGUGGGACACAUCCAGCCACCUGGGAAACCGUGACUUGACACAGUCCCUCAUAGGUCUACAGACAUGACAGCCAGGAACUCUGCAUUUCUAAGUACAUCAGGUCUCCUUAGAUCUUCAUACACGAUGGAAAAUUAUUGAAGUCUGAUAAUAACCCUUGUUAUUAACUCUCAGCCAGCUGUAAGCCAUGGCUGCCUUCAUGCAAAUGGCAGUAGAAGGACUAGACUCUCUGGUUAAUUUGGCUGGAGCCCCAUUUCGUAACAAACCAUUUGGAAAGUUUUUUAACAUGGAAUAUCUGAAAACUGACAUUUCUUUAUUACCAUCAUUGUUGGAGAUUAAGGUUUAGGAGAUGUUUGCUCAUGUGCAGAAGGUGUGGGCAGCACUUUACUUGGUGAUCCUCACUUUUAGGACAGAUAAACAAACUAGGGCUGUUAAUUCUGUCAUAAAUAUUUGAAGGCAGGAACAGAAGUGAGUUUUCCUCCAGUUCCCAUGGGAAGAAAAGAUUGCCAAACAAGGUGCGUUUUAUGGCAGAAUCUCCGUCCUCUGUGUACACAGGGUUUGUCCAACGUCUGCCAGUGGGACCAGGGCUGCAAGGAAGGCUGCAAUCACUGCAGUGUCAAAGCGGUGUGCUUUUGGGAAACACUUUGAGUGUGAUCAUCCAAAAUGCGUCUGGAAGUCACCUCAAAAAGGAGCACCGACAUUUUCAAAAUAAAACAGUGUCCAAAGCUCA